UCAGGGCAGGCGGCAAUAGACAAUCCGGGAACAAGCUGAGGUCAAACACAGAAGAUCAGUAGAAUACAAUGCUAGGGUUUCAGUCAAAUAACCUAAUAACCAGGCAAGGAGUCACAGUACUGGUUAGGAUUAAAUAGAGCUUAUUUGGCGCCAAACUGGCGUCAUCACGCUGGCGUCGCACAGCUGACGUCAGUGCGUCCGUCAUCGGCGUCCGUCGCUGACGCCCCUGCGUCGGCGACCGUCGCCGGCCCCUUCGCGCCGGCGUCCGUCGCCGGCGUCCAACGCUGCGCGCUGACACGCAUCGGUUCCCCGAUGAGCGCGCCUGCGCCUGUGCCGGAAGGAACGUGGAAGCGGAUCCUUACAAUAGCCAUGAUGGGUUAAGGGUAAAGACAUAUUUUGAUAGACCCAUUCCAGUAAAAGGUACCCUUAAAGCUUAUUGCAUGUUGAGGGAUUCCCAGAUGAUUAUCACUAGGGAAUCCAGUUACGUUCAUGGUCAUGUGUCCACAGACUAUUUGCGAACCAGUGUAAUGAUGUUAAAGUUAAACUGCAGCAACUCUGGUCAGGUCCUAUGGAAUGACCAGACCAGUCCGGGAGAGAUGGAAGGUCUAUACAGGGCGACAGUUUUACAGGUACGGACCGAUGCCAAGGACCCAAGGUAUACUCAGUUAAAGGGAUCCCCAUCCAUACGGUCCUUCAUGAUUACAAUCAUGAGGGACAACUGUGUGCAAGAGGUGGCAGGGUACUAUUUUGUCACCUAUGCUCAUUGGGAUCAGGAUACACAAAUGGUAAUGUCAGACACCAAUCCCUGGCGUUGGGAUCUGGUGUGUAACGGGGUAGAUACCCCUACAGUAAAUAUAUGGAUGGAUGGUACCCCUAUGACUGAGGAAUACCGGAAUAGGUACGUGUCUUCUGAUUGGAAAGACCCCAGUGGCAGGGAUAUUAACUUUGAUAUCAAUAUAGAUGGUCCGUUCAAAUGGCCUUUUUGUGAGACUGUAGAUGAAGGGUGCUGGACUUUUACACAGUGGGCCUAUCUGUCCAAAUCCAAACCUAUAGGAAAACUAGUGUUGCAGACUGGAGAAAGUGAACAAUGGUAUCCAUUCGAAGGAAGGGGGCAAGUAUGUGUAACCGUGGUGAGGAUCCCCUAUGAAACAGAAGGUCUUCAACCAGUUAAACCGCAUUCAGACUCUUGCAACGCCCCUAUCCAUCAAUUGGCCGAUCCAGUAGCCCCUCAACUGUCAUCCCCAUGGAAAAUCAUCACAGGGGCAAAGUUCAUUCUUUUCACCUGGAGGAUUUCCAUGGAGGAUUUCAGAGUGGAUCAUUGGGAUCACAGAUGUGGGGAGUUUAUUCAGGACCAAAUUGAUAUGAUGAAAGGAUGGAUAGAGGCGGGGCAAGAGGUUAGGAAAGACGACCCUCGAAGCAGGAAAUUCAGGAGGAAGAGAGAUUUGGUAUCCAUGGGACUUGGUGGGGGUGCCCUGGGAGUGGGAGUCCUGAACACUAUGGAUAUGGAAGUCCUGAGGAGUAAGCUUGGGAAUGUUGCGCGACAUGCCGGAGAAGGAUUCAAUACUCAGCUGGAUGUAAACCAGGUCCUUGAAGGUUUGCAGCACUCACAUAUAGAUGCCACUACCUCUCUAUCUUCUGCUCUGCGAGAAAAGUUUAGACGGCUCGUCAUGGGGCUUUUGGAGGUACAGGAUAGAGUACAGCUGGCUCUGGCAUGUACGCAGGUCCAAGGUGAGCUCUCAGAUAACCUUAAACAUAUUGUAUCAUCUUUGCACGGAGGCCACUUCCCAUUCAACCUCCGCCAACGGGUAAGUCCAUUUAUUUCCCAAUUUGCACUCAAUCACACGAAUUGGUGGGUGGUCCAAUGGCACGGGUGUCGGAACCUCACUUGUACCGCCUCGUCAUUGGCACCUGUAUCUGGUCAGUUAUUACAGGGAUACAGUGCCGUCAACCUAGGGGUGGUUGUAGGUAAUAAAACAGUGUUUCAUCCUCAGCUCCCCUCGGAAGUCCUCACUUAUGAGAGAGGUCAUCCCUAUCUAGUUAAUGUGGAGGGAUGCUGGAGGAAAGAGGAUGCGAUCCUCUGUCAGGGUAAUCAGGAUCGGGUGCUUCGACACCAAUGUUGGAACUCCGAGGGGUCCUGUGAGAUGAAGACUAACCCAAUGCCGUCCUCUCAUUUGGUAUACUUAGGGCAGGGAUAUUGGUGUUGGUACCAAGGGAACAAUGCAACCUUUAUCAUUUAUGGAACUAACUGUACUGCGAGGGGAGAACUUCCUCCCGCUGUGUAUUGUACUCUUAGUCCCGUUUUAGGAUUAGAUGUCGCAGAGCAACAAGGAAGAAAUACUUCAGAAACUCCAUGAGUCCGAGAAGCAGGCCACCAUCCAACUUGUCCACGACCAGAACAAGAUAAAAGCAAUUGCCACUUCCUUAGAUAAAGACGCCAAGGUUUCCUGGUGGGAAAGUUUGUUUGGUUACAGCCCAAAGGCGACCUCCUUCUUCAAUCUAUUGAUCCAUCCUGUGAUAAUCCUUCUGGUUCUGGUCUUCAUUAUGUACAUGGGAUUGUGGCUGAUAUAUCGGAGAGUCAAGAGACUUGCAGAAAAAUUAAAUCGGAAUCAGACAGAAUUCCACGAAGCCACCCGUAGGAGACUCAGGGCGCAGCCUUGACAGAGUACUUAAAUUAACAAGUUUAUAAAGUUCUUGAUUCAUCGAGAGACUCCA